AUGGCCCCGGAAAUAGUGGCUGCGGGGACAAUGACGGUUGAUUUGGCCAAGCCCGCGGUGUUGCCGACCAGAGCUUACAUCACUUUCUUGGCCGGCGACGGAGAUUACGUAAAGGGCGUCGUCGGCCUCGCUAAGGGCCUGCGGAAGGCCAAAUCCCUUUACCCGCUCGUUGUGGCAGUGCUGCCCGAUGUCCCGGCGGAGCACCGCCGCAUGCUGGAAGAACAAGGUUGCAUCGUCCGGGAGAUCGAGCCCGUCUAUCCGCCGGAGAAUCAGACGCAGUUCGCGAUGGCGUAUUACGUCAUCAAUUACUCUAAACUCCGUAUUUGGGAGGUGCGUCGAUUGAUUUGUUUGAGCUUGAAAGGUGCUUGCAUGAAAAUCAUGUUAAGCGCACGCUAG